AAAUUUGCAUAACGACGUGGCAUGUGUGAGUUGAGAGUUAGACGGUGGGAAAAAUAAUCAGAAGAAGGGUGAGAAAAUGUCGACGGCAUCUUGUCAGAAACUGUUUGAAUUAGGCACCAAGAUCAUCGGCGUCGGUAGAAACUACGCCGCUCACGCUAAAGAACUAGGCAACGCCGUUCCCAAGGCACCGGUGUUGUUUCUCAAACCGACGUCGUCUUACUUGAAAAAUGGCGGAACAAUCGAAAUCCCACACACCGAGAAUUCUCUUCAUCACGAAGUCGAACUCGCCGUCGUUAUUGCCAAGAAAGCUCGUGAUGUUCCCGAAUCAUCUGCCAUGGAUUACGUUGCCGGUUAUGCUCUAGCAUUGGAUAUGACUGCUAGGGACCUUCAAUCUACUGCUAAGUCUGCAGGUCUUCCAUGGACUUUAGCAAAAGGCCAGGAUACUUUCACGCCAAUUAGUCCUAUUUUGCCCAAGACUGCAGUACCAAAUCCUGAUGAUCUAGAAUUAUGGCUAAAGGUAGAUGAGGAAAUUCGGCAGAAGGGCUCAACCAAGGACAUGAUAUUCAAACUUCCAUUUUUAAUUAGCUACAUAAGCUCUUUGAUGACAUUGUUUGAAGGAGAUGUAAUUCUAACUGGCACUCCCCAAGGUGUUGGUCCUGUGAAAGAAGGUCAAAAAAUUACUGCAGGCAUUACAGGCCUCGUGGAUGUGGAGUUUAAUGUUGAUAAAAGAAAAAGAUCUGGAAAUUAAUGAUAUUGGUAUCUCUCCAAAGAGAGGAGUACACCAUAAAAACUCCAUUAUUUGGAGUCUGAGCAUGUACUCUGCUUAUCAGCUUGUUUCCUAUUCCUAGAACUAGAAUCAGUACUCUGGACCUCAUUGGAAGUGAUUAUGCAUCAUGAUAAUGGUGACAACUAUGUUAUUGUGGAAAGUAAGGAUUAUGAUGUGCUCAAUAAGCAACCACCUGAUUUAUGAUGACCGGGUGAUAGAUAUAGCCACAGUAAUAAAUAACAGUAUUGCUAUUUUUACCCAAGAAACAUUAGUUAUACAGUGGCAAAACGGGUCGAUCACACAUCUGAUCCGUUUAAUUAUCUGAAAAA